AUGACCAAGAACUCUGAGAUCAAGAGGGUCGGGCUGCAGCUGCGCGCCACGCUGGAGAACAUCACCCGCCUGCGGGCCGAGGGGCAGGAUUUCCGCUGGUACCUGAAGCUAAAAUGUGGGAACUGCGGUGAAGUUUCUGAAAAAUGGCAGUAUCUGUGCUUGAUGGACAGUGCUCCCCUGAAAGGAGGCAGAGGAAGUGCCUCUAUGGUGCAGAAGUGCAAGCUGUGCUCCAGGGAGAGCUCUAUUGAUAUUUUAAGUCAGACAAUCAAGCCUUACAAUGCUGAAGACAGUGAGAAAUUCAAAACAAUAGUGGAGUUUGAAUGCCGAGGUCUGGAACCAUUUGACUUUCAACCACAGGCAGGGUUUGCUGCCGAAGGUGCAGAAUCUGGCACACCUUUCAAUGACAUAAACUUGUUGGAAAAGGAUUGGAAUGACUACGAUGAAAAAACAAAGGAAUCUGUUGGAAUCUAUGAAGUUACUCAUAAAUUUGUAAAAUGCUAAAGGUCAUAACCCUUAUUGAAGAAGGAGCUGAAACCAUCAGAGGUGCAGUUUCCUCAGUUACUUUUCCCACAGCUGUACUUCAGAAAUUUAAAACUAAAUU